GAGAGUGCUACGUGUCCUGUGAAGGGCUUAUUACACGUACUGUUACCCAUGCGAUUCAUUACUACGGAAUAGUUACUAAAAAACGAAAUACCAAGGAAAUACCAAGCCUCGAGGUCUUUCUGCUAAAGUGGUGAGAUGUCUGGGAUUAAAAAGCAAAGGACGGACCUCCAGAGAGCCACCAACGUGGUGUACCAGGCCCACCAUGUGAGCAGGACCAAGCGAGGCCAGGUGGUGGGCACCAGAGGAGGCUUCAGAGGCUGCACUGUCUGGCUCACAGGUCUGUCCGGGGCAGGGAAGACCACUGUGGGUUUCGCCCUGGAGGAGUACCUGGUGUCGCAUGCCAUCCCCUGCUAUUCUCUGGACGGGGACAACAUUCGCCACGGCCUCAACAGGAACCUGGGCUUCAGCGCCAACGACCGGGAGGAGAACAUCCGCCGCGUGGCUGAGGUCGCCAAACUGUUUGCUGACGCCGGAUUGGUCUGCAUCACCAGCUUUAUCUCCCCCUAUACCAAGGACCGUGCUGAGGCCAGGAGUGUUCAUGACAAGUCAGGACUGCCGUUCUUCGAGGUGUUUGUGGACGCCCCUCUGGCCGUGUGUGAGAGUCGAGAUGUCAAAGGCCUGUACAAGAAAGCCCGCGCUGGGGAGAUCAAAGGCUUCACAGGCAUCGACUCCAGCUACGAGUGUCCGGAGGCCCCAGAGCUGGUCCUGAAGACAGGGGACAUCUCUGUGGACGAGUGCAUCCAACGUGUGGUGGAGCUGCUCAAGGAGCAGGGCAUCGUGCCUACGGGGGUGACGGAGGAGGUGACGGAGCUGCUGGUGCCAGAGAACAAGCUGGACCUGGCGCUGAGCGACGCCAGCACGCUGCCCACCCUCAGCAUCACCAAGCUGGACCUCCAGUGGGUGCAGGUUCUGGCCGAGGGCUGGGCCAGCCCCCUCAAAGGCUUCAUGAGGGAGAGAGAGCUGCUCCAGGUGCUGCACUUCAACAACCUGCUAGAUGGGGGGACCAUCAACUUGUCCGUGCCUAUCGUGCUGCCCGUGUCCAGUGAGGACAAGGAGAGGCUGGACGGCUGUGCUGCCGUCGCGCUGCACUACGCCGGGCGCCGCGUGGCCAUCUUGCGGAACCCGGAGUUCUAUGAACACCGCAAGGAGGAGCGCUGUGCCCGGCAGUGGGGCACCACCUGCCCUCAGCACCCCCACAUCAAGAUGAUUAUGGAGAGUGGCGAUUGGCUGGUGGGUGGAGAUCUGGAGGUCCUCGAGCGAAUCAGAUGGGACGAUGGUCUGGACCAGUACCGCCUCACUCCACGGGAGCUGAAGCAGAGGUUCAAAGAGAUGAAAGCAGACGCCGUCUUCGCCUUCCAGCUGCGUAACCCCGUCCACAACGGCCACGCCCUCCUGAUGCAGGACACUCGGCGCCGGCUCCUGGAGCGCGGCUACCAGAACCCUGUGCUGCUGCUGCACCCCCUGGGGGGCUGGACCAAGGACGACGACGUCCCCCUGGCCUGGCGGAUGAGGCAGCACGCCGCCGUGCUGGACGACGGCGUCCUGGAUCCCGCCAGCACCAUCGUGGCCAUCUUCCCCUCGCCCAUGAUGUACGCCGGGCCCACUGAGGUCCAGUGGCAUUGCCGGGCACGCAUGAUCGCAGGUGCCAACUUCUACAUCGUAGGUCGCGACCCCGCCGGCAUGCCUCACCCCUCGACCAAUCAGGACCUGUACGAGCCCACCCACGGAGCCAAGGUCCUGACCAUGGCUCCCGGCCUCACCUCCCUAGAGAUCAUCCCUUUCAGGGUGGCAGCCUAUAACAAGACCAAGAAGGCCAUGGAUUUCUACGACAAGGACAAACACGAGGACUUUGAAUUCAUCUCGGGAACGAAGAUGAGGAGGCUGGCUCGCAGCGGGGAGAACCCCCCGGAUGGCUUCAUGGCCAUGAAGGCCUGGAAGGUUCUGACUGAGUACUACAGCUCCUUAAACAAAGACAAGUGAACACACACACCAAGGAUCUCACACACGCUGAAACGGUACAACGCAAGUUCUUUCUCACACACACACACUCCAUCCCACAUACACAAACACAUACGACGACACGAUACCACGUACACACUCCAUUUUAUAUAUUCUUAUCUAUACUGAAGUUACUGAGGUCUAGGGAUCUAGGGAUACUGUACACCAGUAGUGAAUCAUGUACUGUAUAAGUCACUUGUGAUUGAAAUUCUAGUUUUAUACUGUAAGGUGGUAGUCUUAAGUGCAUUUUAAUCAACUAUAAGGAACUGGAAAUCAUCUGGUUUGUAUUUGGACCAAACUGAAUCUACAUAUAAUUUAUUAUCUAAUAGUAUGUAUUUGGGCAAAAUGACUUAAAGGCUUGCCAGAAUGAGUGUGAAUGUUUUAAAAUAGUUUUAUGCGUAUGGCUUCUUUUUAUCUGGGGAUAAUAUCUCACAUCUAAGGUGGUUAGUACAGAUGGUUUCGAUGUUGCGCUACCAUGCUCAACUGAAUGAACAAAGUGGGAAAAUGUAAUCAUUGUACUGUGAAGAUAACGAACAAGUAAAGAAAGUGUGUCAAAGGGUUUCCAAGCAGCCUAUGUCAGACAUUUAUAUAAAUGUAUAUUUAUCAAACAAUGCCAUGGUGCCUUACCUUUCAAUGCUAAUAUACAGUAUAAAUAUACAAUAUUUUAUAAGUCAAGAUCCAUACUAAUAAAA